AUGCACGACUUUCAUAUCCGCGACGACAAACGCCGAACCAAAGGCAGGCUUGCGCAGAUCGAAUGGGCCAGGGAUGCCCUUAGGAUCAUGUACGACUAUACAAACACGCGCCGCGAUAAAGCCAGCGACAAGGGAAUCACGUUUGCGGAUGAUAAUUUUGACGAGGAAUAUGACGUGCUUGACCAGACCCAGAAAUCAUUUGAGGAAACGUUAAAAGCUGAGACAACGAUGCAGUCGUUGACGAGUCUCAUUUGGAACAAAGAUGUCGACGUGGAACAGCACGUUGAGAAGGUAGAGGAAUUUUGGGAUCGCACUCAGGUAUCAUGGGCUACUCUCGACCGCCGUCUCAGACAACCAGCCCUUCCUGCCGCAUUGCAGUCAGCUGCAUCUCUUCCUGCUAACGUUGGCGCUGUGGAAGCAGAUCCAGGUAGCGGCACCCCACCACUUCCGGUAAUAUCACCUCAACCUGCCGAACAGAGGUCGCAGAGCGCACCUUUGCCUUCUCAGCCUACUCCACCGGACGCUGCUAGUGUGUCACCCACAGAGGAUCCCGCCGAUAGGCUUCAGAGCCCGGCUCCCAAGUCUGGUCCCUCAACUAACGGGACGUACUCUUUUUAUAACUCGCAUAACAGAGGAAACACGUUCCAGAUCGGAGGUAGUAAUAACAAUGGUAGUGUUACGCAAGUUCAGCAUCACGGCGGAAUGACUACUACCAACGAGAACGUCAUCUCAGGGAGCGAGAGUCACCUGUCUUCCAUCGAGCGACUUACUCAAGCGAGCAAGCGAGAUGAGAUCGCAAAGGCCGAGGCUGAGGCUGACGCAGCACGACGCAAUGCCCAUCAAGGUCGUCGCGGACCAGCGCCUCACCGAUCGGGAUACUACCCCCACGUAGUAAGCACGGGAAACAACAUCAAUCUACAUGGCAACUCCUCCAUGGAAGACCCUUCCAUCCAGUCCGGCAAUGGAAACACGGGCGGAACCAAGAUCGUUCACAACUAUAACGCUCCUAGGACGAUUAGGGCUGCUGCCUGA